CAUAAAUCGUCAGUGUCAGGGUUGAAAGGGAAAAGGUCGUCGGAAACAUGGCUGCUCCCCUGGAUGACAUGUUUUCCCUCUGCGUGGACCCCGGUAAAGUUGCCGCCUGCGUGGAAGUCCGGUUUAUAGACAACAUUAAGGGCAAAGGUCUCUUCGCCAAAAAGAGCAUCAAGAAGGGAGAAGCCAUUUUUCUGGAGCGGCCUCUGGUCUCUGCCCAGUUCCUGUGGAAUGCUUUGUAUAAAUAUAAAGCCUGUGAGUACUGCUUACGUGCUCUGGAGACUGCAGAGGAGAAUGCGAGGAGACUCAGCGGCAUCCCCGGGCUGAGCCUUCCUCACCCUGAACUCUGCCGCGUUCGACCAGAGCUGCACCAAGCCUGCCCUCAGUGUCAGGUGAUGUACUGUAGCAGCGAGUGUCGACAAUCUGCAGCAGAUCAGUAUCAUCGAGCUCUGUGUUUGGGUCCCUCCCAGGAAGAUCCGGACCACCCCAUCAACAAGCUUAAAGAUGCCUGGAGAAGUAUGCAUUAUCCCCCAGAGACCUCCAGCAUCAUGCUUAUGGCCAGAAUGGUAGCUGUGGUCAAACAGGCCAAAGACAAAGCGCACUGGCAGAAGCUGUUUUCAUAUUUCUGCAGCCGGGCAGCUAAUGAGGAAGAAGAGAUCGCCCAUAAGCUCCUGGGAGAUCAGUUCAGAGGGCAGUUGGCCUUGUUACACAGCCUUUUCAAAGCAGCACUUUAUGAUGAUCAUCUGACUCGGUGGUUUGUCCCUGAGGGUUUCCGCUCUCUGUUUGCUCUUGUGGGAACCAACGGACAAGGCAUCGGCACCAGCUCCCUGAGUCAGUGGGUUCAUGCCUGUGACGCACUUGAGCUCCCUGCCCAGCAGAGGGAGCAGUUGGACUCUUUUAUCGACCAGCUAUACAAGGACAUUGAGAAAGAAACGGGAGACUUUCUAAACUGCGAGGGCUCUGGACUUUUUCUGCUUCAAAGCUCAUGUAACCACAGCUGCAUACCCAACGCAGAGGCAUCCUUCCCAAACAACAACUUCCUGCUUAAGCUCAGUGCCCUUAGUGACAUCACCCCAGGAGAGGAGAUCUGCAUCAGUUAUCUGGACUGCUGUCAGCGGGACCGAAGCCGUCAUAGCAGACACAAAAUUCUGAGGGAGAACUACCUGUUCGUCUGCUCGUGUCCAAAGUGUGUCUCUCAGAUGGAUGAGCUGGAUGUGACAUCAGAGGAGGAAGAGGAAGAAGAAGGCGAGGCAGAAGGUGAAACAGAGGGGGAUGAGAUGGAAGACGAGAUGACAGAUGUCUGAUGAAACACUUGCCCAUGUUGUUCUCAGCCUUUCUCAUUGCUACACCACGCUCAGCAUCCAUUGAAGCCCAGAAGAAUAAAGACCAGUCCAAAUGUGUGGAAAAAUGUCUUCUCAUGAACACACUUCACUCAUUCUUUGUCCAGUUUCAGGAUCAGCUUUUCCUUAAAUGAUGUAUUUGUAUGUGAAGUGUGUCAAUAAUAGGACAGCGAUGUGCUCUCUACUUCAGCACACUGACCUAACAAAAACACCACGAGCCAGGACCACCACCACAUGACUUUCAAAGUUCAGGGUUUUGAUAGUGUUCACAUCCAAACAGGGGAACGGUUAAGGACCAGUAUGCCUUUUUACCCUCGGGGGCUUUUAAAAAGGGCUGACAUUUCUGCAUAAUUCAUCAAAUGUGGACAUAAACACCUUGAAUCUACUUUUUUUUUUGCCACUUUUUGGCAGCGCCACCAGUUGUAAUCUCUGACAUAUUACCCUAAUAAACAGUAAUGUAAUGCCCCCUGAAAAA